AUGAGCAGCGAUGCAGUGGCAGAGGCUGCCCAGGAAGGUGGUGGAGUCACCGUCCCUCGGAGAUGCGCGAGGCCGGCGCGAAGGGAUUCGCCUCGUAGACGGCAGCCAGCAUGGUGCACCUGCAGCCGCUGCCGCUCGUCUUGCUCCAGGGCGUCCUCCGGAUCGUUUUCUCUGAUACUCUUCAAGUUCAUUCACUGUUGCAUCGUGGUUCAUACUUCAGAAAGUGGAAGGGCAAGGGAACAAGUAUUUUGUGAUGGUAAUCAAGUCGUACAAGCUACAGAUGUGCUGGACUGGGAAGACAAGGAUGCUGCAGAGACAUUAGUGGACAACGUGGUCCACUCCAGGAUCAUCAACCCGCUACGUCUGUUUGUUAAGCCAUCCCCAGUACUGAAACAUGGCCAGGUGUCCUACUCAGACAGCAUAGAAAACUUUUGGGAUUGGUUGUCCAACAUCACGGAGGUUCAGGAAUCUCUCGCACGAACUAAACGCAGACCUAUAGUAAAAACGGGGAAAUUCAAGAAGAUGUUUGGAUGGGGUGACUUCCACUCUAACAUCAAAACUGUUAAACUCAAUCUCCUGAUCACAGGGAAAAUCGUCGAUCACGGCAACGGCACCUUCAGUGUUUAUUUCCGACAUAACUCCACAGGUCUGGGAAACGUUUCUGUGAGCCUGGUGCCACCUUCCAAGGUGGUCGAAUUCGAGUCGUCUCCACAGUCAACUUUGGAGACCAAGGAAUCCAAGUCCUUCAAUUGCCGCAUCGAGUACGAAAAAACAGAUCGCGCUAAAAAAACUGCCUUGUGCAACUUCGACCCCUCAAAGAUCUGCUAUCAAGAGCAGACCCAAAGCCAUGUCUCCUGGUUGUGUUCUAAACCAUUCAAAGUUAUCUGCAUUUACAUCGCCUUUUACAGCGUAGAUUACAAACUGGUGCAAAAGGUCUGUCCCGAUUAUAAUUACCAUAGCGAGACUCCGUACUUGUCCUCUGGCUGACACAGCCCUGACUGACUGUACAGAUCCAGCACCAGUCAUAAAAGUAAGCAUCUCCAUUAACCUUCUGGAAAGGAAUAUGUUUUUCCUAUCAGGUUCAAAAGUCUUUAAGAACCGUAGCUGUGUUUGUGCUGUAUCGUAACUAAUCAAACUGUUUACGUAACGAUCAUUUUCAUUUGAGACCAUUGCAUUUUAGUAUUCUCAUCGUUCAUAAGGGAGCUACUAGGCAGACAUGAUUAAAAAAAAAAAUCAAAGCAAAUUAUGUCCAUAAUGAGCAUCGAUCUUGAAAAUCAGUUUUUUAAAGUACACUCCAAGGCAGAGAGGUUAUCUUUCACUUGAAUUGGACAACACUUAGCAGGAAAUGAUUCUCUUUCUCAUUGGGAACCUUAGGAGAUGACGAUAUAAAGAGCAGGUUAUAAAGAUGACUCUCAGCUGCUUCCAUAGAAAAUCCAAACGAACAGCUCUCCCACUAAUUUCAUAAAGUAUCGAGUCCAAAUAUGAAAAGAAAGCAUUAUUUCUAAGGGAGAGGAGGAAGGAAGGAAAGGAUUUCUAUGAGCUGUGGUUGUUGUAUGUAUUCAUCAAAGUGAAGAGUGAGUAGUACUUCCUUCAGACUUCUUGUCCAUAAAUAUGCAAUGAUGUAAUUAGAUAUUGAUGAGCUUUAGUUUAUUAGACCCACCAGGUGUGCAGGUUUGGUGUACAUUUCCUCCUUCUAUUGUCACCAGUGGUUCUGACCAUCCCCAAGCAUUCACACAUGCACCAGUACUCGUUUCACAGUGACUGAGCAUAUGUACCCUGGAAAAAGAUAAUCUCUGUUUAGGUCUGCAAACGGUGCCAGCUUCCACGGGAGGGAAGUGACUGUCUUGCUUCUUAGGCCUCAGCACCAUGUUGUGGCAAGGAGAAUCCAUCAGCAGGAGGAGGAAAUUUUCUGCUUAAUGGCACCCAGUUGUCUUUCUUAGUACUCCAUAUUUAAGAUCAAUAUAUUAAGCAAUGAAAAAUAAAGAGGACAACACAGAUCUAUGCACCUUCACCUCAUAGAGCAGAUUCCAAACAAUUGCUGUUGGUGUAAAGUACUCACUUGGGCCAACACACCCACAUGGAACCACGUUGCUCUGUCACGGUUGAGUGUGACAGCCCAGGGUCUGGCUGUGGUUUGG